AUGGUAUUGUUAGCGCCCCUGAAAAGGCACAGUCCGACCAACGCAAACACAGUCUCCAACGAAGACGCCAACAGCGAUCAACUUGUCUCAACAAUGACACGAAAAAGGGCCAAACAUACCCGCACUCGUCUUGGCUGCGCGACUUGCCGUUCUACAGGAAGAGUCUGCGACUUUGUCGAAGACUCGAGCAAUGAACGGCGCAGUUCGCUCCUCGCAAAAAGCGCAUACGUAUCAAUCGUACCGCGGCCCAAUCCUAACGAUGCCAUCUAUCAGCUAGCCCCGCAAACCGGUCGCUGGAUCAACUUUUAUCAAGGACACUCAGCUCCUGAGUUUGCUGGAUACUUUGACGUGGAGUUCUGGAGCACCACCAUCUUGCAACUAAGCUACCGAGAACAAUGUGUCCAUCAAAUGCUCGUUGCCAUUGGUUCCCUCCACGAGUCUUUGAAGUCUGGCCUCGCACAACACUCGGACUCGAAUGCCGUUAGCCUGUAUAAAUACGCCGAAGCAGAGUACACGAGGGCUGUCAGUCUCCUCAAUACGCAUAUGACCCAUCGAGGAUGGUCAGCUCUCGAGAUUACACUCGUGUGUUCCAUCCUCGGUAUAAUGUUUGAGUGGCUGCGUGGGGGCUAUCAGGACGCUGUUCGACAUCUCACAAGCAGCUUCAAGAUCCUAUCAACGUGGUUAUCCCACACCGCCCCACCAUCUACCACCACCUUUGGGUCGCCAGGAGGCCACCUCAUACGGAGUCAGAUAAAACCGAUCUUUCAUAUUUUGGUCCUGCAAUCAAGAAUGUUGCCGAUACCCCCCAGCGUGCCACCGAAGGUAGUCCAAGCCCCGGAGCAAAUAAUGCCUGAGUUUUCCAGUGUCGCUCACGCUCGGAAUGUUCAGCUCGACCUCUUGGCUUAUGUUCUUGUGGUUCCGCCAAAAGUCACAGGAUCCAAAGGGAGAACGCACCAGGUCGUGGCGGAACCAUUGCGUCAAUGGUCCGACAAAUUUGCACUCUUCGUCUCACAACAGCCGCAAUUGGCCUCCGAUCCCUGCGUAAAAAUACUAAAAGUAUGGCGCAUUAUCACAGAGAUGAUUCCUCUAUCACCUUUCUCUUCAGAGCCGGACUCUUCAAAUGGGCUCAUUAUGCAACUCUCUACCUUAUUGGAUGACAUUGAGAGUCGGAAGAUAGCAGUUGACAUAGGAGCGGUUGCGAUCUUCUAUUACACCGCUGCGUACUGCCGUCAUCCCAAAACGCAUUGUCGAGCUAUUGCUUUACUGAAGUCGGCAGGUGGACCAUGGGGCCACCAUGUUGCUAUCAAAGCCCAACAAGAGUACGCCAGAUUAAAGGAUAAUGAUCCGAAACUUGGAUCUCUUUGA